UGGAAGUCUUUUCGAAGCAAGAUCCUUACCAUGACUGUGAAAGUAUAAAAUCUCACCUACACCAGAUUCACAUUCAUCUCAUCUUCACCAUUUCUCACAAUUUUUCACAAUCAAACAAAUUCAUAGCUAGAAUCUAGUGUUCGAUUGAAGAAAUGGACGCAAGCACAAAUGUGAAGAAAGGCGCAGGAGGAAGAAAAGGAGGAGGACCAAGGAAGAAGGCGGUGACAAGAUCCGUAAGAGCUGGUCUUCAGUUUCCCGUCGGAAGAAUCGGCCGUUUCUUGAAGAAAGGUAGAUAUGCACAACGUGUUGGUACUGGUGCUCCGGUUUACCUGGCUGCUGUUCUAGAGUAUUUGGCUGCUGAGGUUCUUGAGUUGGCUGGAAAUGCUGCACGUGAUAACAAGAAGAAUAGGAUUAGUCCAAGACAUUUGUUGUUGGCUGUGAGGAACGAUGUAGAGCUUGGAAAAUUGCUUGCUGGUGUUACUAUUGCUUAUGGUGGUGUUCUUCCUAAUAUCAACCCUGUGCUUUUGCCUAAGAGGACUGAAAGUGCCGCGAGUGCUCCCAAGUCUCCUUCCAAGGCCAAGAAAACACCCAAGAAAGCUUAGAUAGGUUUAUUCGUUUCUUGUUAUUAUGUGUGUAUAUCUUAGAUUAUGCACCUCUCAUCUGACAGAUAAUUGUUCAAUGUAUACCCAGCUAUGUAAUUUGAAUGCUGUAUUUCUCAGGUAGGAGAUUGAUUCGUUAAUGAAAACGUUUUGUUUUUAAUCA